GUCAUGAUAAUUACAAUGACAUUGUUUGUAGACAGUGCGAUUGUGCUGUUAUUUCGUUGAUUUUCGUACCUACUCAUUAUCUUUUUUAAAUUCAUUGAUGUAAUCUAAAAUAUUUAAGUAAAAAUAUCUAUAUACCUAGUCCUUGAUUUGUAUUAAAUUUAUUGUCUCAUACGGUCUAGUGUAUCAUCAUGCAAAGUGUAAUAAACACAGUCAAAGGGACUGCCCUAGGGGUGGCCGGAUAUUUGACGCCAGUUUUGAAGGAAUCAAAGUUUCAAGAAACUGGUGUACUAACACCCGAAGAAUUUGUAGCUGCUGGAGAUCACCUGGUGCAUCACUGCCCAACGUGGCAGUGGGCUAAGGGGGAGGAGGCUAAGGUCCGGCCAUACUUGCCGGCUGACAAGCAGUUCCUGAUCACUAGGAAUGUGCCCUGCUACAGGAGAUGCAAACAGAUUGAGUACUGUGAAGAUAAGGAGAAAGUUAUAGAGGCUGAACAUGACGAGGAUGGGGGAUGGGUGGACACACACCACUACGACACUGCUGGCUCGCCCACUUUAGAAGAAAAGGUUUGCGAGAUGACGCUCGAAGCAGCAGACACAGGCGACAGUGACAAUGAACGGGCAGCCAAUCCAGAGGAUGACAACGAUGAUGAUGAUGAUGAUGGCGAGGCGGAAGACAUGGAGCAGUUCCAGGAGUCAGGGUUGCUGGAUGAAGUGGAUCCAUCGACAGCGCUAGCGCCGCGGAAGGACCCGAAGCCGAAGGACCGCAAGCCGGCGGCGGACGGCGACGAGAUCGUGCGCACGCGCACCUACGACCUCCACAUCACCUAUGACAAGUACUACCAGACGCCGCGGCUCUGGCUCAUCGGCUACGAUGAGAGCCGCACGCUGCUGACGGUGGGCCAGAUGUACGAGGACGUGUCUCAGGACCACGCCAAGAAGACCGUGACGAUGGAGUCGCACCCGCACCUGUCCGGGCCCAGCAUGGCCUCCGUGCACCCCUGCAGGCACGCAGAAGUAAUGAAGAAGAUUAUCGAGACGGUGACAGAAAGCGGCGGCGAGAUGAGUGUCCAUUCGUAUCUGAUUGUAUUCCUCAAGUUCGUACAGACGGUCAUCCCCACCAUCGAGUACGAUUUCACGCAGAACUUCUCCAUCAACUAGUUGGGCAACUUGUUGGGAUUUAGUAAGAAUGGCGGAUUGCUGGCGAAUGGCUGUGAUGGAAAUGAUCGACGAUAGGAAUGCUCAUCAUAUGUGUUUUAUUUGUAAAAGGAAAAGCUUGCGCCUCGAAAGAAGUCCCGAAAAGGCGGCGCCACGGUCGCUGACAACAUCAAAGUUGCCGAUCGAUUAUUGACAGUUCCAGGCGGCGCCACGGUCGCUGGUAACAACAACGUGGCUGAUCUAUUAUUGGCAUUAGACUUCUUUUGCGGCGCGGAUUCGAACAUAAAAUUAUAAACUCAUGCAACUUUUGAUAGAUAAUAUUCGCUGAAUUGGUUCCACUCGAGUAAGGCUCGAAAAUGUAUUUUAAAUUGUAAUUAUAAUUUCAAACAUCUCAAAUAUUAUAAAUGCUAAGUACCUACAAUCUAAUAGAGAGAAGGCAAAUGGCCAACAAUCACUCUAUUAACAUGCUAAGAGUAUUUCGUGUGCCCUUAAGUAUGUGGGUAGCUAAGUCCCGUUUCUAUUCGUACUCAUAGUUAUAACCCUCAAAUUCUAAAACCUAUUAUGUUGUAAAGGAUUACUCUAAUGACAACUUCAUGCUGGCAGCAAAGCAAUUUAUUAAAAAAAGAUAACUUUUGAAAACAAUCUAAAAAAUUCAAUGUAUGUAAAAACCUGCGAAAUUUUAACAAGUGAAUAGUUAAUAUAUCGUUUGUAAAAUAUGAACAAAAGUGACUUCAUUUUAGUAUAAACUACAGCAAGAAUUUAUCCUUGAAAAUUCAAAAAUUCAUUCUUGCUCUUUUUCAUUCCUUGCCCCAGUCUAGCAUCAUUGAGUUGAUUAUUUAAUCCUGCAUUAAAUAAAAUAUAAUAUUCGCCAUACUACAUCUCACUUAGAACUUAUCAAUUUUGAUGAAAUUUCAACUCGAAGUAGGCUAUUUUAGGGUUCCAAUCUAUGCGUUAUGCACUUCGCAUCGCGAGCACAUGCGUUCGCUGCAAAUUUAUGAAUGCUUGCGUAAUGCAUUUUAUACGAAAAGCAUUUUGUAUUCAUUUGUAAAUUUUGUAUUAAAAUAUUAGAAAAGUGUACAUUUUAUUUCAGUGCUACAUUUUACUCUCUUAUAAAAAAAAUAUGUUUUAUAUGUUUUUUUAACUUACAUAAGGUUAGAUAUGUUUAAUACUGUUAUGUUGUUGCGUCAAUUAGUUCGCUGAAGAUCAAAUAGGUAUCGAACUGAAUAAUCCUAAAAACAAAAAAAAAUUACACACUGGAAUAAAAUCGAGUAAUAUUUAACUUUAGAACAAUCUGUGUAAUUGCGUGAACCGCUCACUAUUGGUCUCUGAAGUGUUAAUUUAUUGCCGUGUCGACAUUUAUUCUGACACAAAUAAAUUAAUAAAAGUACGAAAAAACUGUUUAGUACAACUUUUUUUAGAAAACAUUCCCGAAUGAAGUCAUAUGUUUGAUUUUUUACACCCACACUCCAUUGUAUUUCAAUUCAAUCGAACAUCAAAUCAUGACAAGGUUUUCCGAUAGCGGCGGGACUAAUCGUAGUGUUACCGACAGAAUAAUAGUUUUACAGAAACAUUUAGGUGAUUUUAAUUUUUAGGAUACAACUUUAAUUGCAAACUUUAAUUAACUUUAAUUAAACGCACUGUCCAAAAUAAUAUGUAAAAAUUGUAUGUUAUUUAUUCGCAUUGCGAUGUGAUUCCUAAUUGUUUCAAAAAACUGACAUUUUGUCUAUUAUUAAAAAAUGUACUGUGUUUUCAAUUCUUUAAGAGUCGAUAUGACUAAUCGCAACUAUGUAAGUACAUUGAUUUGGAAAAAGCAUGGAAAAAUUUUAAUUUCACCACAUAACUUAUGUACAUAAUGAAGUGGCUAUGUUUACCAUUCACUUAUUCAUCAAACCCAUUUAUUUUGAAAUUCUAAAAUACCCAUACGGAGCCAAUGUCAGUAUGGCAAAAUUCUGUAAAAUUGGAAAAUCUUUCGAAAGAUUUUUUUUUACAUUCUAACCGCCGGGAAGAAAAGACCUAGCGCUGAAAGAUACAGUAGUGUGGGUGUUUCUUGCCAUAGGAUCGUGUGACCAAUAGUCAUUGGUGAUAUUAAUGUCGAUGUUUAGUAUCGUAAACUUAGAUAUUUGUACAAUAUUACUCAAGCUAUAUGUGUAUGUUCAUAUUAUGCGUUUUGUGUAUAGUUAUUUUUCUUAUAAAGAUAUUUUGCUAUAAAUAUAUGUUUUAUUUUCACAAUGCAAAA